AUGGCUGCCAGCGCGAAUCAGUCAACCUACGAGCGACACGCGGUGCUAAGAAGCCGUGGCGCGCCGCCGACGCUCACCUUCAUCAACGGCGUGUGGUCGCGGUGCCUCCAGGCGAGCUGCGACGCCCGCGAGUCGAUCACGCUGGAGCCGUGGAUCAACCAGAAGCCGCACUACAUCAAGCAGCCUCAGCCGGGCGAGGACGGCUGGCCGCAAGGCCUCACGUGCCUGCACGUCUUCUACGACGGCUCCCUCUGGCGCAUCUCGUCCGACGACGAUCAGAGCGUGUUUGCGGUGGCCAACACCGACGCGGAGCAUCCCAACACGGUCUCCCGCGAUGACUGGCACGCGGCGCCCAGCAUGCCAGACGCAGCACCCCUCCCUCGCCUCGCCUCCCACGCACCGAGCGUCUCUCUGCAGCAGCUGCGCCUGGACAUUGCGGCGCGCCCGCCCUGUAGGCUGCUGCUGAGCGCGAGCAGCCGCAUGCUGGAGGCGUGGCCGGACUUUGCGCUCGCGUGUGAGGGGCCCAACACGGAGGCCAAGCCCUUCCUGCUCGACGAGCUCGGCGUCGAUUUCUUCCUCCGCAUCCAGCUCAAGUCCCGCAAGGUGAUCUGGUUCACCGACCCGAUCAGCGGCGUCGUCUUCCACUCGGCUGCAAAGUCGACCUCGGCGCAAGGCGGUCGGAUGCAGGUGCCACGCAGUCCCCGCAC